AGCACGGGUCAUUCGUAUCGGGGCUUCGAGAUCGGCAGUAACCCUAGCAUCCUUCCAACAAAGCCAGUCGAUCCAGGCAGCCGGGACGUGAUCUCAAAGAAGAAAUCGAGUGUUUGCUUAGAAAAAAAAAAAUUAAGCAUUUAGCAGUUUCAGUGUUCGCAAAACUUGCAUUACAUACAGCGAAAGAAAUGGCUGCAAGGUUCGGUAUUGUGCUAACUGUGGCAGUAUGCGCGUUUUUCCUGCAACUCCACAGCAUACCAGUGCCCUUCGAUAAGGAUGCCACAUCACAGCCGUUGAAUUCGCUUUUCAACUCAAACAGUGAAGAAAACUCCAGUGAAGUAGACAGUGAUUUACUGAACUCAAACUCCACGAACGGAACGCAUCAGGAACUAUACGUCGUAAAAGCGAUUGUGUACGAAGUUGGCAUCCUGGUGAACGUGCCGGACAAUGAAACUGACAGCGAGCCUAGCAGUGAAGAACAAGUUGACCUGACCUUCUACGGCUCAUCUUCAAACAAGUCCCACAUCAACCUGGGUAAUAUCCCACUACCAGUGGCGACCAGCGUCAAAGGCCAGGUACUGACCGGCAUUGCGCCCGUGAACUUGGGUGCUGUUUCGGACCUGGGUGACGUGCUGCAGACACUCCCGUUUACCGGUACGAUCGUCAACAUCACACAAACCAAUUCCUCGUACAUUGAGCUUUCCAAGCACAACAUCAGCAGUCUGGAAGAUACGGCUCAACUCGUUAGUGUUGCCGAUUUGGCAAACCUGCCCAUCAAAUCGCCGGCCAGCCAUCCGCUGAUACCGACUUCGCUAGAUGAAAUCAUAAGCCAUCUGGCGCAAGUGCAUUAGAUAGGGCGACAUAGGCAGAAUGACGUCUGUUUAUGUGUCUAAUUAGGAUGAAAGUGUGAUUUUAUUUUUUUGUUGCUCGUUUCUCCAUAGAAAAUACAUGAGUAAGGGUAUUUUUUCCACAA